UUUUGUAAUUUUGACCUCAUUCACAGGAAGUGUAGUCGAGCGAAGUCGGACAGCCCUUCGAGAGAGAAAAAAAUAGAAAAAAAAAUUAAGGGAAAAAAAUCGGUGAAUCCAAGGGGUUCGGGCGGAUUUGGACGAAGUUUCCGAACUGUCCCGGCCCGGAGGAGCCCUGGGGGUUGAAAGGGAAUCGCCAGCACCGAAAUAAUGGAAGAUUCCCAUUUCAACUCAUCAUACUUUUGGUCUCCCGUACCAACAGUACAAGGACAGAUUGAGAACGCCAUGUUUCUGAACAAGAUGAAAGAACAGCUGGGACCGGACAAGGGCGCUUCCUUUCCGCACUCGUCCGCGGCGCACUACCCUACGGCGGUGCUGACGGUGCCAGGCUCGGUCGCCAUGGACACGGGAGCCAUCGGGAGGGUGCCGAAACAGGAGGGUGGUGGUGGAGGAGGAGGAGCCGGGACAGCAGGGGCGCAAAUGACUGCCGUUGGAGCACACCUGCACCCACCUCACACGUCCCAGAACAUCACAGUGGUGCCCGUACCAACUACUGGCAUCAUGACGGCUGCGGGGUUAGUGAUCACGACUCCUCAGGGCGCACUGGUCACUCCUCCUUCCUCCUCUCAGUCUUUUGUUUCUGGACCACAAACAACGACCAUGAUUGUGUCCGCUCUGCACCCAACAAACACAGAGGCUGUCCGGUCCCCUUCCCUCUAUCUCCACAGCCACUACAAGAAAGAGGAUGGCAGUAUCCCACCUGCUGUAGUCAUGCCAGUUCCUGCAAAGCGGGGGAGAAAGAAGAAGUCCAUGAUGCAAAGAGCAGGUCCCGUUUCAGCCCACACACUCGCCACAGGAAGUGAUGCGCUGAUUCUUGCGCACCUGGCCGCUGGGGGACAGCACAACACAAGUGACCCGUAUGACCUCUCCAACGAUGAGGAUGAUCAUCAAAGCAAAGAUGGCAACAAAUCCUACAGGUGCCGGAUGUGUGCGGUGACGUUCUUCAGCAAAUCAGACAUGCAGAUUCAUGCCAAGUCACACACAGAGGCGAAGCCGCACAAGUGUCCUCACUGCUCUAAAUCCUUUGCCAACUCCAGCUAUCUGGCGCAGCACAUCCGCAUUCACAGCGGCGCCAAACCCUACACCUGCUCCUACUGCCAGAAAACCUUCAGACAGCUCAGUCACUUACAGCAGCAUACACGAAACCACACAGAGGGCAAACCGCACAAGUGUCCUCACUGCUCCAAAUCGUUUGCCAACUCCAGCUACCUGUCCCAGCACAUCCGCAUCCACAGCGGGGCCAAACCCUACACCUGCUCCUACUGCCAGAAAACCUUCAGGCAGCUCAGUCACUUACAGCAGCAUAACAGGAUUCACACUGGCGAUCGGCCGUACAAGUGUGUCCAUCCCGGCUGUGAGAAAGCUUUUACCCAACUAUCCAACCUCCAGUCUCAUCGAAGACAGCACAACAAGGACAAGCCAUACAAAUGUCACAACUGUAACCGCGGUUAUACAGAUGCGACCAGCUUGGAGGUUCACUUGUCUACACAUACGGUGAAACACGCCAAACUCUACUCCUGUGGCCUCUGCAACCGCGCAUACACAUCUGAGACGUACCUGAUGAAACACAUGCGGAAACACAACCCAGACCCUCUGACAGUGGCGGCUGCAGUGGCUGCCCAGCAAGCCCAGCAGGGCCAGAACCCGGCUCAGCCCUCGGGUGGAGGAACCGGCAGGGGUCGCGGGCGAGGAAGGGGCGGCGGAGCUGCGGGAGCCAGAGCGGGACCAGCGGCGCAAGCCCAGAACCAGCCCAACCCCAACGCGCCAACCAGUUACUCCGUGACGGAGGGAAUACCCUGCCCUUUCGACCUGCAUCAGUACAAGACCGUGUCGGCUGGAGAGAUCCAGUACAAGCCUGUCAGCGUGGCCGACCUGACGGCCCACAAAGACCUCUGCCUCACCGUCUCCACCUCUGCCAUCCAGGUGGAGCACAUGAACUCGUAGAGCAACUCGAGGAGAAUGAGAGCGAGGAGGUGGGGUGAGGAGAAAUGGACCAUGAAUUGGGAAGGAAAUAAAAACACUGCCUUGGGACAGAGGAGGAUUUCCACAUUCAGACUGGUAGGACGAAGGGAGGGAAGGAUGGCAAAUGGAGGAGAAACGAAGAGAUGAACUCUUUGAGCUGUCUUUCUUUAGACUUGCUUUGCAGUGUCACAAAAAAGGCCUUAAGCAUGAUGACAAUUUUCAGUCAACUGUUUAAAUAUAUUCAAUACUCAACCCCUUUUGCCACUAUAAAGUGCAACAGUCGGCUUCUGCAAGUAAAAAUCACAAUAAUUUUCUACAUUGGGAAAUAAAUUUUUUAACAAUAUCUUAGGGUGUGUUCACACUUGGCAUGUUUGGUUUGUUUAAAACGAACCCUGGUGCGAUUGCUCAGUUCAUUUGAAUAAGUGUGAGCGCUGCCAUCUGAACCCUGGUGCGCAUCAAACAAGCGGAGCGAGAUCGCUGAAAAGAUGGGUCUCGAUACGCUUCCAAACAAACUCUGAUGCGGUUCAAAUGAAAUAUGAACAGCACGGAUCAAAGAC